AUGAGAAUAUUUCAAUGUACUCUGGUUAUUUCUGUAUAUUUUGGGAUAUUUUGGUUAGGCAGGGUUAUGGCCCAGAUGGAAAUGUAUAAUAACCUGGAUAUACGUAAAUAUCUAGGUAUAUUAUGUACAGUAGGUGACUUCUCUAGGGUUGAAGUAGUGAUUGAAACUGGGUGCCCAGAAAUCAUAAAAAGACAAUUGAAAGAGUGCGGUGUACCAUGUGAUAUAAGUAGUAGGGUGGAUUCUAGUGAGAAUUCAGGACUAAGUGACUUUAGGGCAGAAAUUGGUGAGAAAAUUAAAAUGACAGAGACAGUAGGUACUAAGACCCAAAUAGAAGUGGAUUUGAAUACAGUACUAGAGAGGUAUACAGGAUAUAAUGGGUCACCCAUCUGGGAAUAUAUACAUAAGAUAUCUGGUAGUGAUAAAUUACUGACAUUAUUAGUAGGUGGUAUUCAUUCUUCUGUCUCUGUCCAUGUCUGUGCAUUCUAUAAUGCAGAUCCAGUCAAUAGAAGACUCUAUAUGAAUUAUAAAUUAAUGUCAGAGAAAUUAAAUCAGGAAUAUAUAAGGGACUUAAGGAGAACAAUGGAUAUCCUUAUAUCUUUAAUUCCUGUUGUACUCCCAGAUAUAUUUAGACUAGCUGAGUCAGAAUAUGCCAGGAAGACAGUUAUUUCCUUAAGGAAUUCCCUUCCUAAUAGGAGAUAUGUAUAUAGUAUGUAUAAUGUAUCUGAUGAGACAAUUCAGAAGUGCAGUAGUAUAUCUUACUUAAUGGGGUGUGUUAGUUGCUUAAGGUGUAAGGUCUGGGGGAAAGUACAGAUGGAAGGACUUAAGUGCGCAGUGAAAUUAUUGAGGAGAGCACAAGGUGCUUCCUUGGAGAUAAGUGACUUUGAAGUAAAGUGCUUUGUGAAUCUACUGAAUAGACUGUCUAUUUCAACCAGUCAGUAUGCUAAGUACAAAGGAGACUUAGAGAAGUUCCAAAGGGAAGGACUCUUAAGACAAAACAGAAGGGAGAAGAUUGUGGAUGGAGUGUACUCCAUGGUUGCAUCACCACUCUUAAUGAAGGGCAUGCACAAGGGACACAAGAAGGCAUAG